UGUUUUGUGAUUGAAUUGAACGGUGGACAUGAAGAAAAAAAGCACAUAGAGUUUGAGUGGUCGACACAAAACCAAGAGAAAAAAGUAACAUGCCGAGAGGGAGAGAAAGAAAGAGAGAAGAAGAAACUUUCAUGGUUGGCGUUGGUGUCCCUUGGAAUCACAAACAUAGCGGCAUGGUUACAUUCUCCCUCUUCUUCAUCCUCUGUUCCUUCUUCAUCCUCCUCCAACCUUCCCUCUCUUCCUCCUCCACCACCACCCUCACCGGUUUCGACUCCGACAUCGACCUCUUCUCCGAUGCCGAGUCCGUCUCCGGUACCCACGUGCGCCUCACGCGCCACUCACCUUCCACCUCCGGCCUCCUCCUCCGCCGUCAGCCACUCACCUUAACCGCCGCCACCUCAAUCUCCGUUGAGUUUUCAUUCUCUGUUUCCCCCGACGCCGGCGACGGCCUCAUCCUCCUCCUCGCCCCCGGCGAAUUCUCCGACUCGUUCCCCGGUAGCGGCUCCUUCGGGAUCCCCGGUUCGGUCAAGAGCUACCUCGGCGUCGAGUUUGACACCACCGUCGGGAUCGACGUUGGUAGCCGCGCCUCCGUCGCGGUUGCGAAUGGUUCCGCGUUGAAUCUGGUUGUCAAUAAUGGGGAAAAGGUUAACGCGUGGGUUGACUACAAGGCUGGUUCGAGAACGUUGGAGGUUCGUUUGAGCAAAUGGGGUGAACCCAGAUCUGAAGAUCCAAUCGUUUCGCACCGCAUUGAUCUGUUCAACUUCUGGAAUCGUAAACCUGUGUUCGUGGGUUUGAGUUCUUCCAAUGAUGCGAACUCGGUGCAGGUUGUUAGUGUUUAUUCAUGGAAGGUUAGCGUGAGGGAGGUUUCGAAAUCGUUGCAUUCUCAACCUGCGGAUCCUAGAAGAUUCUCUGAGGAGAGGAAGUUUCGUACGUUGACUGUUCUUGCUGGGGUGAUAUUUGGAACUGUGUGUGUUGCUUUGGUCACGUUUGUGGUGCUGUUCAUGUGGGUCAUUUUCUUCCAUAAGCAUGAAGAAGAGUCUCUGGCUAAACUCCCUAACCACCCUGCAGAUGUAAGGUAUGAGAGAAUUGAUGUGUCUGUUGAGAAGCAUACAAAAGAUGAUGAAAAUUAGAGGCAUAGGUUAUGUGAUUUGUGAUUUUUUAGAUGAUGCUAUUGUUGUUGUUGUUGUUGUUGUUCUUGUUGUUGUUGUUGUUGUUGUAUAUCUAUAUGAUGUGUAAAAUUCUUUUGUAGGAGAUUAUGAUAUUGUAGGUUUACUGUAACCAAUCUUGUAAAAUAUUUGAACAUCCUGUUUUGGGAGCCACUUUGAUUACAAUCUUGUUUAUCAAUUUUUGCA